CGAGGGAGGCGCCAGAGACGGACGGAGGAGAAGCGACGCCAUGGACGGCUCAAGGAGAAGCGACGCCAUGGACGGCUCAAGGAGAAGCGACGCCAUGGACGGCUCAAGGAGAAGCGACGCCAUGGACGGCCUAAGGGAAAGCAGACGCAGCUGGGGCAUGAGCGACAACGACGGCGGUAUGCGGGGCUCCAGCCGGGGCUUGGCCCCCAGCGACUCGGACGGGAUGCGAGGUGGAUCAGAAUGGUUGGACAGUGGCACCAGCAGUAGUAACAGGAAAUCAGGUAUGAUGAGUGGUGACUAUGAACGUGUCUCUUUAGGGAGCUCCAGAUCUUACAUGGAAUCAACUCCUAGUAGGAGUGAGAGGUUUGGACCUUAUGAGUCGCAUGACUCCAGGUCUGCUCUGGAUGGCCAUGAUCUGUAUAGAUCUGGCUACGAUUUACAUGAACCAGGACGAAGCCGCUUUGGGGAUAGCUAUCCUGAUCGAUCCGAGAGCUCCGACAGGAAUUUCGGUGAUCAAUACCUUGACCCUUAUGAAGGUAGAAGCCAGAGCCGAUUAUAUGAUAAAAGCAGGUCUAGCUGGGAUGACAGCUACUCACAUUCAAGCUCAAAGCCUAGGGUGCGGGCUGAUUCGGAUACGGGAAGAGAAAGUUACUCUUCCUACAGCAGCUACUCUACACCCCUUUCAAAGCCUUCAUCUGGAGGCUCUCGGGGGAGGGGAACGCUUGCUUAUUCUGGCACCGAGUAUGGAGGCGGAUCCUAUUCGAAGAUGAGAGGACAACGAGGAGGCAGAGGUCGAGGUCGAGGCAGAGAACAAUCAGAUUUAGAUGUGUGCUCAAGAUCAAAGAUACUAGAGGAGCUCUAUAAUCUUUGCUCAAAACCUCUCGUACAAAAUAAUACAAGUUAUCAGCCAUACAAGAGAGGUGGGUUUCCAUCAAAUUCUGGACGGGGCAUGAAAAGGAAAGGGAUACAACCGAACAGAGAUGCAGUAAAGAAGCAGAAACUGGCACCUGCUGAAAAUGUCAGAGCACCUCCAGCUCAGACAGCAAACCAAGCAACUGCAAGAAUAAAGAUGGCCGUAUUAAGUACUGGCAAGGAUCCGUUCCCGAAGGAUAAAGAUUUAACUAAAGAUACACAUGAUCCAGAUGAAUAUGAAUGCUUUGAUAUAAUUGAAGGUAAACAGAAGUCUGAUACUGAGGAUGACGAGGAGGAUAAGAAACUGGGAGCAAGAAGAGAAAAACAACGACGCAGGCGUGAAAGGAACUCUGCGAGAUAUGGAGAGGGUUACCGGAAAGCGUUUACGUGCUCCCUUUGUAAGUUUCGAACUACAGAGCAAGAGGAGAUCGAAGCUCAUCUGGAAACUCCUUACCAUAAAGAGACCAUCGAAUUCAUUGGAAAAAACAUUAAGUUUGGAAAAGGAGCUGCGGAUUUCCUUCAUGCAUCCAUGGUAUACAAAUGUAAGAGAAUUGCAGCUCGUAAACAAUUAAAGCAGGAACAAAUGGAUCCAGCCCAAAGUCUUCCAAAGGAUGUUUUAAUGGGAGUUUCUUCAGAUGAUCAUAUGAAAAAGGUUGAAGCCGUUCAUUGUGAUGUCUGCCACACCUAUAUUCCCUUCCAGUUUAAUUCUGUACAUCUACAUUUGAACUCCAAUGUACAUAUCAAUAGAAAGAAGAAUUACAAUGAACAGGUCAGAUGGGAUAGUCUCCUCACAGCCAAUAGCAUGCUGAACAACGCGACUGUAAAGGAUCAACUUGAUCUCUACUUAAAGGGCGAGUACUCUUUUGAAAAUCCUCAGGAGCAGCAACAAUCAGAAGAGCUGGAGCCGGAGCACGAGGAUGAAGAGGAGGACAACGAGGAGGAAAAUCAAGACGAGGAGGAAAGGCAGGCGGAUGAAGCAGAUGAUCAAGCACUGGAGCAAGAGGAAAACCAGGCGAAGAUGGAGGACGUAACAGCAGCUCAGACACCAAACCAAGCAACUGCAAGAAUAAAGAUGACCUUAUUAAGUACUGGCCAGGAUCCAGAAAAGGAUGAAGAUUUUACUAAAGAUGCAUAUGAUCCAGAUGCAUAUGAAUGCUUUGAUAAAAAUGAAGGUAAAAAGAAGACUGAUACUGAGGAUGAAGAGGAGAAAAAGAAACUAGAAGCAAGAAGAGAGAAACAACGACGCAGGCGUGAGAAGAACACUGAGAAAUAUGGAGAGGAUUACCGGAAUGCGUUUACGUGCUCACUUUGUAAGUUUCGAACUACAGAGGAACUGGAGAUCGAAGCUCAUCUGGAAACUCCUUACCAUAAAGAAACACUCGAGUUCAUUGGAAAAAACAUUCUGUUUGAAAAAGGAGCUGCGGAUUUUCUUCAUGCAUCCAUGGUAAACAAAAAUAAGAAAAUUGCAGCUCGUAAACAAUUCCAGCAGCAAGAACAAAGGGAUCCGGCCCAAAAGCUUUCAAAGGAUGUUUUAAUGGGAGUUUCUUCAGAUGAUCAAAUGAAAAAGGUUGAAGCCGUUCAAUGUGCUGUCUGCAACACCUACAUUCCCUUCCUGUUUCAUUCUGUACAACAACAUUUGAAGUCCAAUGAACAUAUCAAUAGCAAGAAGAAUUACCAUGACCAGGUCAGAAGGGAGAGUCUCCUCACAGCCAGUAGCAUGCUGAACAACCCGACCGUAAAGGCUAAAUUUGAUCUCUACUUAAAGGGCGAGAACCCUUUUGAAAAUCCUCAGGAGCUGCAACAGCAGGAGCAGCAACAAUCGGAAGAGCUGGAACAGGAGCCGGAGCACGAGGAGGACAACGAGGAGGGCAAUGAGGAGGAAAAUCAAGAAGAGGAGGAAAGGCAGGCGGAUGAAGCAGAUGAUCAAGCACCGGAGAAAGAGGAAAACCAGGCAGAGAUGGAGGACGUACCAUGUGAGCCUGCUGACCCGUAACGCUAUCAGAAUGAGAGUGUAGUUACUUCUUUUCAAACUUGUAAACAAUGCAGCAGUAAUGAGAAAGAUGCUUCCCUGCUAUCCUCAAAAGCAUUGUCGUGAUGGUUUUGUACGCCAUGGCUAAUAGUAAUCGCAAUGCUUUCUCAGCAGCCUAUUAAUGUGUUUUUUUUGUUAAACAGAAUAGUGAUUAGUUUUCCAUGAACAACCAUGUAUUAAUGGAAGAAAUGUUAACUGAGUAAUGUAUUUGGUCAAAGUUGAAAAGAGUAAGAGCAAAGGUAAAGGUGUUUUAAAACUAGUCUGUUGAGCUCUUAAAUGUGGAACAAUAUUCAUUCAUGUCUUUUAAAAAAUUGUUUAUGUAUUUGGUGUGUAUGGUGUUUAGAACCUUGUCAAUAACCUGCUUAAUUUGUUGCAUAGUUUAGAAAGGCAAAGAAAUGCUGCCAUUUCUUUUGUUAAACAUUUCCACUGUAAUCAUUUAGAAUAGUUAUUGCUUAGCCACUGAUUCACAUUAAAGGAUUUUGCUUGUUCUCCCCACAUUGUAAAAGUCAAAGCCUGGCUCGGUCAUCCAUACACUAAUGUAAACCUGUGUGCGGUAGUGAGACUUUGUUUGCUAUUAACAGGAAUAAAAAUGUUUAGAUUAUGUAA